GUGGUUCGUUUAGUGAGUUAGGAAAAAAACUGUUUGCAUUCCAAUCUCUCUCUCGUCUGGAAGACAGCAUGACCAAAUUGGGGCUAUAGUCAUCUUCGGCUCUGGAAUUUAUUUGUUGAAGACUGAAGUCUAAGGCUUGUUGUUAUUUUCUUGGACACAUCUCCUACUUGGCUAUUUUCUUAGAAUAUUUAUUUCGUUUUUUUCUGCUCUAAUUUUAGUGCAUAAUUCUAUUAUCUGACAUAUUUUGUGGAGAGAGCACCAGAAAGCUCGCGCAGAGGUGUUGGACUAAACUGCAGUUUUGAGGUUACCAUGGAGAUCUGAAAAUAAUGCAGACCCUCUCUACUGUUGCCUUCUCUCCACCAGCUACUCUAGCAGAUAAUAAUUAGCUAAAUGAAAACAGGAGAGGAGGGGAAACAGAGAAGUCAUCUGCUUCAUCAGAACAAAGACGCAGAAACAGAAACUCAUGGGGCUGGGAGAGGCUUCAGCGAGAGGGACAGCCAUGGACAGAGACUGUCUCAGCUGCAUCAAAUACCUCAUGUUUGUCUUCAACUUUCUCAUCUUCCUGGGAGGCUCCUUCCUCCUGGGUGUGGGUGUGUGGGUGCUGGUGGACCCUACAGGCUUCAAGGAGAUCGUAGCAGCCAACCCUCUGCUCUUCACAGGAGUCUACAUCAUCCUGGCCAUGGGGGGAAUGCUUUUCCUAUUGGGCUUCCUGGGCUGCUGUGGAGCCAUCCGGGAGAACAAGUGUCUGCUGAUGUUUUUCUUCAUGCUCAUCCUGGUCAUCUUCCUGGCGGAACUAGCUGCAGCCAUCCUGGCCUUCAUAUUCCGGGAGCAUCUGACAAGAGAGUACUUCACGAAGGAGCUGAAGAGGCACUACCAGGGCUACAAUAACACUGAUGUCUUCACUGGAACGUGGAACGCUAUCAUGAACACUUUUGACUGCUGUGGCGUGAACAGCCCGGUGGACUUUGAGGAGAGCCUGUUCAGACUGAUCAACCCUAAUGAGAUGGUCCCUGCAGCCUGCUGCAGGAGGGGUAGUCACCCCGGAGACUCAGCCUACAUCCCCCAGGAGGAGUGUCUGAUGGGGAACAUGCUGUUCAGAAACAACAAGGUGCUGGGCUGCUACUCAGCGGUGGUGGACUACUUUGAGCUGUACAUCUAUGUGGCUGGAGCGCUGGCCAUCGUGGUACUCACCAUUGAGCUGUUUGCCAUGGUCUUUGCCAUGUGUCUCUUCAGAGGUAUCCAGUAGGAUUAUCGCACCGUACACCGGACAGGAGGACUUUUUGGAGCUACAAAAGGGAAAUCAGGAGAAGGGAAAGAAAACAUGUACACUUGUAAAUGUAUUGUCCUCUUUUAUAUCUGCAAAAUGUAUUGAUUGGUUGGAAAACAAAACAAAACAACACUCAGAAAACAAAAAACUUGUACUUCUCAGCUGGACCUUUGAGGUAUUUGGUGGCAAAAAAAAGAAAUGAUAGCAAGAAAAAAAGACAAGAACGACAGGAAAACGUAUGUAAAGUGAAACAGAUGUUUCAUGGACCAGGUCUAACACGGACCGGGUGUAUAGUAGUGCAACGCGAAGAGGACCUGUGUGAAACCAGGCGUGGUGAAUAAGACGACCCGGUUGAAGCCUGCCCUGCAGCAGAAGUAGCUUGAGACCCAGAUCUGUUUGUGCUGUCUUGCUAGCUAACUGGGACUCAGGCUAGAGCAGAAGACACUGCACUGACUUUUGGAUGAAGAAUAUUUAUAUUUACUGUUCCUUCCUAUUACCACUUCUCCCUCCCCCGAUCCCCCGCCCUUCCAUCUACUGAUACCACAAUUCCUCCAUCUUUCCCACUCCCACCCUCCACAUACUAUUGUUAGAGCCUUUACCUCUUGCUGUUAAAAGUCCCAUCUAUAGUGUGUGUGUGUGUGUGUGUGUGUGUGUGUGUGUGUGUGUGUGUGUGUGUGUGUGUGUGUGUGUGUGUGUGUGUGUGUGUGUGUGUGUGUGUGUGUGUGUGUGUGUGUGUGUGUGUGUGUGUGUGUGUGUGUGUGUGUGUGUGUGUGUGUGUGUGUGUCCUUGUAUGAAUGAAUGCAUGUGUGCAUGUUGCCCCUUUUGACCAUUCGAGCUUGAAAGCCAACUUCUGAUAAAAUAUUGUAUUUGUAUUGUGAUGUUCAUUGCAAUUGUGGUUACAUGUGGCUUAGGUGAAAAUAAAUGUAUUUGUAUGCAUUUGUAUUAGAUUCUUGAAAAGACAAUGACAUUAAAAUGUUCUAAAUGUU